CUCGACGACCCGCGAGGAAUGGACUUUGAUAGAUUUACUUAGAUUGGUAGGGACUUUAAGUCUUUCUUCAUCUUCCCUCGUCGCUCUCUCUGCAGUGAAGUGUGAUUUCUGUCAACAUCAACUUUGAACCAUCCCGGAAGAUCUUCUACUCAAAUUCUGAUAUUCAAACGCCUUUUUGGUUGAUCCCUGUCACCUCCAUAAGGCUAUAUUAUCAUUCCGAAGAUGAAGAUGAAUCUUGCAGUCAACGCGAUGAUGGCUUUUGGGAACUUCUGUGCAGUAAACUCUUCUCAGCGCGACGCAAUUAGCAAGAAUCAUGCACGAAGGCAGAACGAUCACGUCACAUUGAACUCACCAGAACUAAAUCUGAGUCCGGAUUUUGUGAUUACCUCAACGCCUCAAACUCGCAACUAUGUUUUUGAAAUAACUGAAGAGAUAGCAGCCAUGGAUGGCUUUGAAAGACGCGUACUGGUGAUCAACAGGCAAUUUCCUGGUCCACUUAUUGAGGCGAACGACGGUGACACGCUCGAUAUCCUCGUGAAGAACCACAUCACACAGCCUGUGGCAAUCCAUUGGCAUGGGAUAUGGCAAAAGGGAACACCUUGGAUGGACGGGGUUUCAGGUGUGACACAAUGUCCUAUCCCGGCGGGUGCCUCGUUCACAUAUUCUUUCAAAAUUGAUGACCAAUUCGGCACAUUCUGGUACCACGCACACUCUCAAAACCUCGCCGCUGAUGGUCUGAUGGGUCCACUGAUAGUCCAUUCUGUCAAUGAUCCGUUGAAAAGAGGAAGAGACUAUGAUAAUGAUAUUGUCUUAAUGUACACCGAUUGGUACCACGAAUUGAGUACGGUGAUGUUGAAUGCUCAAAUAUCUCCUGAGCUAUACAAUGGGAGCUGGGCAGGGCCAUCUCCCAACUCGGCUUUGGUUAAUGGAAUAGGUUAUUUUGACUGUGCAAACGCAGAAUCCGGGUCCACUUGCAAGCAGAACAAUAUAAACUUGGAAUUGAAAGUCGCUCCCAAUGAGAAAACGAGGAUACGCCUGAUACAGGGCGCAGCACAUGCCAUGUUUAGAUUUUCAGUUGAUGGACAUCCCCUGAAAAUAAUUGAGACCGACGCUACUGGUGUAAAUGGUCCAUCCCAGAUACAUCGAUUACCUUUCCAUGCGGGACAAAGGUACAGCGUGAUCUUAGACACCUCCAAUGAUCAAGUUGGCUCAUCUUUCUUACUGAGAUCGGUAAUGGACCCAGAUUGUUAUUACAAGGGGAGGAAUGAAACAUGUCUGAUGCGAUUGAGGUUUUCAGUUGCUCCCGGAAUAGAGGGUCGCGCUCGUAGUGUAAUCGCAGUCGUGCAAGUAGUGGCGAAAGAGGAAAAAGGUAGAUGUGGCUGCUCAAGUAGCGAUACUCCCAACACGCCAGAUCAAGAAAACGAGCCAGUCGGAGGCCCAUGCGUAGAUGUUGAAGGUGAUCUCACACCUCUGAUGCCAAAGAGCGUACCGAACGUGACACUUGGAAAGCGCAUACUAGACACAACUUUUGGUACGAUUGGCUACCCUGACCCCAAAAAUGCAUCUCAUAGGCUGAGGGUUGGGCGUUUUUUUGUAAACGAAGUUCCCUGGGGAGGUGAGUUCACUUCAAGAUCUCUCGAGACCCACGUCUUCAAGCCCUUACUAGCUCAGAUGAUGAAAGGUGGGAAUGGAAAGUUGAAUGAAACCGAGGUCGGUUUUGUCACGCUGGAGGAGCCGGGUUGGUAUGACAUCGUCAUAAAUAAUUUGGAUCAGGGAUUAGAUCACCCAUAUCAUCUGCAUGGUGUAGACUCUUAUCUUGUUAGUAAGGGGAAUGGUCGAUUGAUCAAAAAUUCGACCAUAGAACCCACUGAAGCACUGUCCAAUCCCAAUAGAAGAGACACAUAUGUGAUACCGGGAGGCUCGUACAUCAUCAUUCGAAUCCUUGCAAAUAACCCCGGAGUAUUUAUGCUUCACUGUCACGUGGGGUGGCACCUAGGAUCCGGGUUUGCAGGCGUCCUUGUGAUGCAGCCUCGAAUCCUAUCGACAUGGCAAGAACCAGCGGUCAACCGAGCCUUAUGUCGCGUCACUGCAGGCAGUCACCAAAAUGACACCGAGACUGAAUUCCCCAUCAUCCCACAAUUAUGAUUUCAGGAGCGUAGUUGUUGUGAAGGUUGUCGAUAAGGGGAAACCAAACACUGGAAUUACUUCUCUGGCGCAGCUGCCAAUUCUCUGGCACAACUGCCAGAGGUUGCGCUUGUGAAUAGGCAAUUUUAUUUUCAUUGGGGUCCGAUACUUUUCGUUUUUUCGUUUUUUUGUUUUUUUCCAGCAUAGUACUUUCAUGCAAUAUUUCCGAUUCUCAGAUAUAUUCAUUUUUCGCUUUUCAAGUUGUAACCCCAGAACAUAUCUCACAAAUCUCAAGUGCCACCAUAGGUUUUCUUUAUGUUCCGGGGUGGCACAUACAAAACAAGC